GUGGAUAUUGUGCCAAAUUUCGUGACUGUAUUAUAUAUCUUAUAGAAUAUAAGAUACAAAUGCUUUCUAGCUCUUGGGAGCACAUAAAGCUGAAAAUCCAGGAAAAAUCAUUUCGCAGUUCCUUCAGAGAUGAAGCUAAAGUUCUUCUUGCCAAUUGAAAGCUCGAUCUUCUUCUUCAAUUUAAAACAAACGGAUAAUUGGAAAUAAUAUUAAUGUUGUAAAAAUUUUGUUGCUUCCCCCACACUCUUUUUAGUGCUCGCGUCCUGACCCCAAAAAGACUCAUGAUAUUAUCAACAUCUGUAAGCUGGCUCAUCAGACAUUCAUCCUAAAUUCGCUCCAUAGUACGAAUCGUAUGAUGUUCUGCUUUCGUUGGGUGCACUUCUCCUGUGUCUUGCUAUGAAUCCAGCUAGGUCGAACUUUCUAAAUCUGAGAAGCAAACUUUCUUCUUAAUAUCUAGUUAUGAAGCAUCAAUUUAGAAAAAUCUAAAUUAAUGUUCGCUUACACACAGCGUAAAAUAAUCGCUGGGAAAGAUCUCCAGUUCUAAUCUCAUCAGAUUUCUAAGAUCAUUUCGUUUUUGGAUCUUGAAAUGACAUUACACAUUUCCCACACAUCCGUGCUUUAUAAUGUGGUAUCAUGAUCUGAAAGUGAUAUCAACACAUUGACCUCUCCGUGACAACCUGAAUGUCUAGCGCCUGUGUCAGACAGAAGUCGUGGAAAACUAUUAAUAGCACAGAUUUUCUGCUGUGGGAGAUGUGUUCUCACACGCCAAUCUUCCCUAUCUUGUCAAUCUGUUCGUUAUAUGUGGCGUUCUAGAUCCGGAAAGUUUUAUUAUUUUCAACAUUCCCAAGUUUGGCGUCUUUCCUCUGGAAAGGGCUGAAGCAUGUGACCUGCAAUCGUAAAUGGUCCUGUCUCUGAGCAAGCAUUAUUCGCUCAUUCUCGUUUUUGGUUGCGAAAUCCACCUGCUAAUCAGUGUGCUUAUUUUUCUGAACACGUGCUUGAGUUGCGUGAUUUGUGAAUCCUAUACUAGCACGACGAUUCCUUCAUUGAGUAAUAAAACAAGGAAAUUCUUGGUGACUAUAGUGAAUAAUAAUUGUAAAGUACCACUAAGGCCUCGUUGCUAUUGUGAUCACAUCAUUAUUACUAUACAACAACAUAGCCUAAAGAAUCUCAACGAAAGUGUCGCAGUUAAAACGUCAUAACAGUGAUGCAUGCGAUUUUCUCUAAUAUAUAUCGUACGGACUAAGGCAAUCAUAAUUCUCUAAAGCUAGUACGUUAGUUAAAGCCGAGCCAUCUACUCGGAAGGUCAGUCAAUCAGAAGUGGUCUGCUUACUGUACCAACCAGACCAGAAGUAUGCAGGAUAAUUUCGAGUCCCGAUUCAAUGUUUUUUAACUCGUCACAACGUACUGUCCAUCCACCAGCUCACAUGCAAAAUCAGAAGUGAUUAACAAGAAUAUUGACUUUCUCCUACGAUAUGCAACAUAAGGGAGUGUAAUGAUCAAUGACAGAAAUUGACUUUCGGCAAAUGAAAACAUCCAGGGUUGGUUAAAGUGCAGAAUGUGAAUUUUAGCUCUCUUGUAUCUGUGAACACUCAGCUUUGAAAGUCAUGCUGUCACGGUCAGUCAUAUUACAGCAAGUGUUUUAAGAUGGGCCAGCUUCCAUUCGACGUAACUGUAAGCUCUUGCACUGCCUUGCUGCGGUGGGUUCUUCUUGGCGGUAAGUGUACCACACUGCAGGAGAAAGCCGCGCUCCCUCUCGAAGGAAAUCGGUGCUCGUCCGGGGGGAGAAAUAAAUGUGGCGGCCAUCGAGAACAGACGGCACUUCGGUCGUACUCAACUAUCAAGAAAUUUCGAGAAUGCAAGAAGUGAUGGAGGGUAACAAUGGUUGCAUUCCUGUUUGCUCUGUCGUUCAGGACCUCGAGCAGAGGUUGAGCGGCAAUCAGGGUUCGGAAGGUGAGAGAGUGCUGCCAUGGAGACAGGUUUCCCAGCGGCCUCACAAUGAGAGUGCGUCAUCGAAAGCGAAGCUUCGAAUGAAGUUCUUGCGACACCGUUCUACUGCAUCCAGUUCUAAAGCCCCCGUUUCAAGCGCCAUCAUGCCGAUCCCUUCGUCAGCUCCGUCUUCCAAUGUGCGCGCCCGCGGAAUGCGUUUAGAAGCAAAGUCUGCAAGAGAUGAUGCAUGGUUCGACGUGGGUACAUUUCUAUCUCAUAGAGUUGGAAGAACUGGCCGCCCAGAAGUUCAUGUAAGAUUUUCGGGAUUCCGUUCGAAGGAUGACGAGUGGGUGGAUGUCAGAACCUCAUUACGAGAGAGGUCUCUGCCAUGUGAAGCGUCCGAUUGUGUUGCUAUCCUUCCUGGAGAUCUUGUUCUUUGCUUUCAGGAAAGGCCAGAUCAUGCUCUUCACUUCGAUGCGGAUGUGCAAGAGGUCAAACGAAGGAAGCACGACGCCAGAGGUUGUCGAUGUAGGUUUUUGGUCUGCUAUCGACAUGAUGGGACGUCGGAGGUUCUUCCACUAAGGAAAAUAUGUCGCAGACCAGAAGCAGAUCUUCGAUUUCACUUUUCGCAGACGAAAUCGUCUUAUGCGCAGUCGUCUGCAUGCUCGAGUUCUGAAGCGGCUAGCUCCAUCAAUGCUCCUCCUGCAUUGGAAACUUUUCCUGCACAACCACUCCCUGUUAUUUGCAUGCAAGCAGUUCACAACACUAGCGCAACAUCAGGCGCAAGUCAGCUUGUUGUGACGUCUGAGGGUAUUCCACAGGCGAUUAUAGUCAGUUAGGCAAAGCGCCGCUGGAAGAAUACUGUACAUAGAUUACAAAAUUCCAUGUGGUUUGGAACUUGUAUGGAACAGAUAUCUAGUAUUGCCCUUUUUAGACGGAAACUUCGAAGUUUUCUAUUUAGAAAACUUCGAUGUAGUUCUCGAUGAGCUGGUUCACUAAGAAAGCUAAGCCAAUAGUCAUGUAUCCGUGAAAACUUCAUUCCUGCUAGAUGUUGUCAAUGUGCGACAACAUUAUAACUUUUUCAGUGCUACUUUUUGCACAGGUAAUCAAUUGUACAUCUUGCGAUGUUUUAUAA